CAUCCCUUGCGUUCCCUGAUCACUCCCUCUUUUGUGCUUUCCACAAAAUCUGGCAAAAAGAAAAAAGAAAAAAGAAAAAAGAAAAACUAGAAAAAAAAGAAAAUUUGGAAAUGAAAAUCUCCUCUCCACCCUGACUCUCCAGAAUUAUUUUUUUCCCUACUUGCUAAUACUACAACCAAUAAUAAUAAUAAAAAAUACUUUCUCUCUCUACAGCAAACUAAAUCAAAACUCUCCUCUUCGUUCCUCUCUCUAUUUUUUUUUUUUUAGAAAUGGCAUUAAAAAACCCUAACUUCAGCUCGCCGCCUUUGCUAUGUCGAGUUACAGCUGCAUAGUAUCUUCGUCGUCGACAUCUCCAUCAUCAAUCACGUACCCACGCCCUUUUACAGGGAUGGGAGAUGGCUAGGGUUUGUUGUGAAUGGAUCGGUGUUUCAAGAGGGGAAAUCGAAGUUUGAAUUUGGAGGAGUGAUCUUGCAUUUGAAAAGUGUUUAGUUGGUAUCCUGCUAAAUCAUUUGGAUAGUGUCCUUUUCUUUUGAUUACAAAUGGCAGAAGAGGGAAAACGGGUUGGAGGGAUUUCUUCUGGCUUGGCUGUAUUAUUGAAUGGUGAAGAUAGAAAAGAGAAUUCAUCGAAAACCCGACUUGUUUCAUCUUGUGAUGAUUUUGGUAAUCAGCCUGUGGAGCGAGCUCUUGAAUAUAUCUUUGGUCUCUCAAACAGAUCACUUGGUCAAUUGACCGGUCCAGUUGAUGCUAAAUUAGUUAGCUCUAUUAUAAAGAAUGAGUUUUCAAAAUUUUGUGUCAAAUCUGGUGAUUUGAUUGAUAACAGAGAUGGGGUUCAUAUUAGUAAGGAUGGCUGUGAAUCUCAGCUGGUUGGGCUUGAAGAAUUGAGCAUCUGUGGUGAUAUUAGAAUCAUUAAACCCCCUUUGCUUGUAGAAAGCUUAGCAAUGUUCAGUAGUGCUAGGUCCAAUGCUUAUGUUUGGAAAGGGAAAUGGAUGUAUGAAGUUCUAUUGGAAACUUCUGGUGUACAGCAGCUUGGAUGGGCAACUCGUUCUUGUCCUUUUACUGAUCACAAGGGUGUAGGUGAUGCAGAUGAUUCAUAUGCAUUUGACGGGAAAAGGGUUAGGAAGUGGAAUAAGGAUGCUGAGCCAUACGGUCAGCCAUGGGUUGUUGGUGAUGUCAUUGGAUGUUGCAUUGAUCUGGAUCAUGAUGAGAUAUUGUUCUAUAGAAAUGGCGUAUCCCUUGGAGUAGCCUUUCGUGGUAUCCGCAAGAUGGGACCUGGAUCUGGGUAUUACCCAGCGAUCUCUCUUUCUCAAGGUGAACGCUGCGAAUUAAAUUUUGGGGCGCGUCCCUUCAAGCACCCCAUUCAGGGGUUUCUUCCCCUUAAAGCGCCUCCUCCUGCAAAUCUUUUGGCUGUGCAGCUGCUUCAGUGCUUAUCAAGGCUGUCAGAUACGCUAGGCGUGGAGCGGGCUGAGAGUUCUUUAGUUGGUAAACUGAGGAGAUUGAAGAGGUUUGUGUCACUCGAAGAAGUAUUUUAUCCUGUUUGUCAUGGGAUAUGUGAGGAAUUCUUCUCUGUACUUGAGGGAUAUUCCGGGAGCACUGAGUAUGUGGCAUGGGGUCCACUUCUUUCAUUCAUGAUGGAGGUCUUCAGAGUGCAAGCACCACAUGACUAUUCAGUUUUGGAUAGGUUUAUUGAUGUAUUUCUAGAGUUUCAAGAAUCACACCUGAUGUUUGAGCAUAUUAUCAAUGCCCUUUCAAGUUGCUGCAAAACAGCAUCUUUGGUUUUAACUGAAUGCCCAUACUCCGGAUCUUAUUCUUAUCUUGCAAUGGUAUGCCAUAUCUUACGACGGAAAGAAUUGAUGGUUCUUUGGUGGAAGUUGGCUGAUUUUGAAUUAUUGUUUGAAGGUUUUCUAUCGCAAAAGAUUCCAAACAAGCAGGACCUUCAAUGCAUGGUGCCUUCUGUUUGGUGGCCUAGUUCAGGUGAGGACAUGUAUAAUGAUGGAAGAAGCAUGAUGCUGACAACUACAGCUUUAUCUGAAGCUAUCAAUAAGAUAGAGGAGAAGCAUAGGGACCUAUGUCUCUUGGUCAUGCAAUUUGUACCACCUACAGCACCUGCCCAAUUACCUGGCUCAGUGUUUAGGACAUUUUUACAAAAUAUUCUAUUGAAGAAUAGAGGAGCAGAUCGCAGUGUGCCACCUCCUGGAGUUUCAAGCAAUUCUGUUCUUGUUUCUUUGUACACAGUUAUACUUCAUUUUUUAUCUGAAGGCUUUGCCAUGAGAGACAUUUGUGGCUGGUUGAAGAGGUGUGAACCCUGUGGUCAUGAUGUUGGAUUUCUCCACAGAGGUGGUGAACAAAGUUUCCCUGUAGAUUUAUUUCUCAAAAAUGAUCCUCAUCGAACUGACAUUUCUAGACUUGGGGGAUCAUUUAGUCAUCUUUCAAAAUCUCAUCCUGUAUAUGAUCAAGAAGCAGAAGUAAUCCGGUGGGAGGAAGGUUGUAUGGAUGAUGAAGAAACCAGAGUAACACAUAAAACCGCCCAGAAACCAUGUUGCUGUUCAAGUUAUGACAUUGAAUUGUCAAAAAUCUCAAAGCAUCAAAUUAGAUACAAUGCUAAAGGUUCUCGUGUCCAUUGUGGUCCUAUUCCAGACAGGUCUGCUCAUGUUGCUGCAGAAUGCAGUGAAGGAAGUUUGAAUGAUGAGAUAGCCGACAAACCUAGUACGAGUGAUCAAUCUGAACCUGAUUUUGGUUACCGUCCAAUGCGGGAUAUUAGGAUUGUACAAAGGGAGAGUGAUGUGUCUUCAGCUACACUGAGAGAAGAAGAACUGCUAGAUACAUUGCUAUUGUUGUAUCACAUAGGUGUCGCACCAAACUUUAAGCAGGCAUCACACUACAUGUCUCAUCAGGCACAAUCAAUAUCACUCCUGGAAGAAACUGAUAAACAAAUAAAAGAACAUGUUUGUAGUGAGAAAUUAAGACAGCUGAAAGAAGCUCGAAAUGAUUAUCGUGAAGGCAUAAUUGAUUGUGUCAGACAUUGUGCAUGGUAUCGCAUCUCUCUUUUCUCGCGGUGGAAGCAACGAGCGAUGUAUGCAACAUGCAUAUGGAUAGUCCAACUACUUCUGGUUCUUAGCAGAGUGGAUUCCUUAUUUAUUUAUAUUCCUGAAUUUUAUCUUGAAACCCUGGUUGAUUGCUUCCAUGUGCUGCGCAAGAGUGAUCCCCCAUUUGUACCCCCUGCAAUAUUUAUCAAGCAAGGACUUGCCUCAUUUGUAACUUUUGUCGUUUCCCACUUCAAUGAUCCAAGGAUAUUGAGUGCCGAUCUUAGGGAUCUUCUCCUCCAAUCUAUUUCAGUUCUGGUACAGUAUAAGGAGUAUUUGGCAGCUUUUGAGAGCAAUGAAGCAGCCACGCAAAGAAUGCCAAAAGCUCUAUUGUCAGCAUUUGACAACAGAUCUUGGAUCCCAGUGACCAACAUUCUUUUGCGGUUGUGCAAGGGUUCUCGUUUUGGUUCUUCAAAGCAUGGGGAAUCAUCGUCGUCAUCGUCAAUUGUUUUCCAAAACUUGUUGCGUGAAGCUUGCAUCGAUGAUGAAGAGUUGUUCUCAGCUUUUCUGAAUCGACUAUUUAAUACACUCAGCUGGACAAUGACUGAGUUCUCUGUUUCCAUUAGGGAAAUGCAAGAAAAAUACCAGGUUUUGGAGUUUCAGCAAAGAAAAUGCUGCGUCAUAUUUGAUCUCUCAUGCAACCUUGCAAAGGUUUUAGAGUUCUGUACUCGUGAGAUCCCUCAAGCAUUCCUAUCUGGAGCUGAUACGAACCUUCGGAGGCUAACUGAAUUGAUAGUCUUUAUUCUCAACCACAUUACUUCAGCCGCGGAUGCUGAGUUUUUUGAUUUGUCUCUCAGACGACAUGGUCAGUCUCUGGAGAAAGUAAAUCGAGGCAUGAUAUUAGCACCUCUUGUAGGGAUCCUCUUGAAUUUGUUGGAUGCAAGUGUGGAGAUGGAAUGUGGAGAGCGGAAUGAUGUUGUGGGUGUUUUUGCAAGCAUGGACUGCCCUGAUACCGUGCAUUGUGGAUUCCAGUAUCUCUUGGAGUACAACUGGGCUGGAUCCUCGAGAGGGGAUGCUUAUAGUGGGAAACUUCGGCAGCUUGAGAGUUUCUUGAACCUUCUUAUUAGCAGGAUUGAGUUGCAACAAAUUGAAAGGAUGAAAUAUGGGGAAGAAACGGAAGCCGAUGACAACACCUGCUGCAUUUGUUAUACUUGUGAAUCAGAUGCCCAGUUUGUCCCUUGUUCACAUAAGUCCUGCUAUGGUUGCAUAACCAGGCAUCUGUUAAAUUGCCCAAGAUGUUUCUUUUGCAAUGCAACAGUCUUGGAGGUUAUUAGGAUUGGUGAAAACAGAGCUUAAGUCUUAUUCCCCUCAAUACUCGUGUUGUUGCCCAGACUCAUGGAAUCUUAAUCCAGUCAUGGACUGAUUGUUGGUUUCCGCCCGGGCUUUUGAAUCCUAGAUUUGUCCAAGACAGAAAGAAAUUAGAACUGAAAAUAGGUGGUAGUUUAAUUAGAGAUGCUGCAAUUUGAAUUAUGACUAAGUGUCUAUUAUGGGUUGCAAGGUUAGGUGGAUGGGGAUUGGAAAGAAACAAUUCUCAAUGGGUUGAUGAAGAAUUUUGUAGUGGAAAUCUGAGGGCAUUAUUCUGUAAAUAUGAGAUGUAAAUGGCAAUGAAAAUCUCUUCUCCUUC